UUUCUACAGUAAAGAUUUGAAAUUUCGUGUUCAAAGCUGGAAUAAGGACGUCAAAGCACACGAGAGGAAUCGCAAACGGGGAAAGUGUAAAACGACGCCGUUGAAGUAGCCCGAUACCAAGACCUCUCGUUUCCGAUGGAGAAAGUCUUCUGCUUUUGGCCAUAGCAUUUCGGCGAUUUCUUCCUCCGUCUUCGAUUGUAGUUUCUAUGCAUCGAAUUCUCUGAUGGGUUUUAUGGCUCUGCAACCAUGGUGGAGAGGAGCUUCAACAACAGUUCGUCUCCCUUGUCCAGAUCGUACAUGGGGAUAUUAUAAGUUCAGUAUAAGGGCGUGUUCAGAUCGUAAAUCACUGAAGAAAUCUACAAGAGAGGCUCGACAGAGUAAAAACCCAAUCAAGAACUCGAACAAGAGUAGCAGUAGAUCAGAAGUAAACCAAGUUCCUUCACCAAGAUUUGAUGAAGUUUCAGAUAACAGUGAUGUGGACACAGUUGACAUUUCAGCUUCCAACAAGGAAUCAGUUGAUGAUGUUGCGCCAAGAGACAAGGUGCUUCAAGCUUGCACGGUUACUUCAGGGUUGAUUUCUGCACUUGGUCUCAUUAUCAGACAGGUGUCUCAUUUCGCCUCAACUGAAGGAUUACCGAUUCCCGACAGCUCGAUGGAUGUUACAUUUGGGUUCGAGAUAUGGCAUCUCGAGAUGAUUGGUGGAAUGGUGAUAUUCAUUACAUCAUGCAGGCUAUUGCUACUAAAAUCUUGGCCAGAUUUCGCUGAAUCGAGCAAUGCAGCAAACCGACAGGUCCUUUCUUCACUUGAACCACUAGAUUACCUCGUCGUCUCAGUUUUACCCGGUGUCAGCGAGGAGAUUCUUUUCCGAGGAGCUCUUCUGCCAUUGUUUGGAACCAAUUGGAUCGGUAUUGUGGCAGUUGGUGCCAUCUUCGGCUUUCUUCAUCUCGGAAGCAAUAGAAAGUUUUCUUUUGCAAUCUGGGCAACCUUUGUCGGGAUAGUCUAUGGUUACGCUACGGUUUUGUCGUCGAGUCUUUUUGUUCCGAUGGCAUCGCAUGCUCUGAACAAUUUGGCCGGAGGAAUCCUGUGGCGCUACACUUCCAAGUUGGAGUUGUCGGAGUAAAAUAUGUCUUUUCUCAUGGGGUUUAAUUUGACUCUUUAUAAUUUUAGUGGGUGAUUUUGUCAUAUAUGUAAAGUUGAGGGCUGUUACUGCAAUUUUGAUACGACA